AAAUCUCAAACCACAUCUAAAAUGAAGCUUACUGAAUCCAGGUCCUGGUUUCUGUCUUUCUCCAAUGCAAUUGCAGUUGGUUUACAGAUGAGAAAGCAUGAAAUUAACAGUUCAAUCAGUGGAGAUCUGGAUGAACAUGAAACAAGAGAUAUUAAAAGAGAACAAAAAAGUGAGCUCCGGAUCGUCCUGGUUGGAAAGACGGGAGUUGGAAAAAGUGCAACAGGAAACACCAUCCUGGGACAAGAAGUCUUUAAAUCAGCCUUUUUGGCUUCAUCUGUUACUCGCAUAUGUGGAAAGAAAUUUGGGGUUGUUAAUGGAAGAAGAAUUUCAAUUAUUGACACUCCUGGAGUUUUUGACACGAGUGUGAGUAAAGAAGAGACAGAGAGAGAGAUUAAAUACUGUAUGUCUUAUUCUGCUCCAGGUCCACAUGCCUUUCUAGUUGUUCUUAAAUUGGAAAGAUUUACGGAAGAAAAUGCAAAAUCAUUAGAAUACAUUGAACGAUUAUUUGGUAAAGAAGCAAUAAAUUACACCAUAGCACUGUUCACUCAUGGAGGUAACCUUAAAAGUCAGGAGGACCUUGGGACAUAUGUGAGCAGUAAUGAACAACUACAAGCAUUUGUCAGAAGAUGUGGAGGACGCUGCUUUUGGAUUGACAAUGACAAAAAGGAUCCAGCACAUGUUAUGCAACUGCUAGACAAAAUUGAAGAAAUGGUGCAAUUUAAUGGCGGUGCAUACUACACUAAUGACAUGCUUCAGGCGGCAGAGAGAGCAAUCGAAGAAGAGAAACAACGGAUCCUGAAAGAUAAUGAAGAAAGGCACAAGAAGGAGAUGGAGGCUCUAGAGCAACUAAAUCUAGAGCGUGAACAACUAGAGAAAUGGAAAAGGCAGCUACAAAAACAACAGGAGGAACAGGCAAGAAGACAAGCUGAAGGCAACAAUUCUUUCCUUCAGAGUGCAAUACAAUUGAUUCAAAAUUUUGUCCAGUAUGUGUUUUCAAAAUGAACAGAAAUGUUAUACAUCAAAAAAGUACAUUGAUUCAUUCAAAUACAUUAAAUAUGUUUUACAGAUGUCAUUUCUGCAGUGGUAAUACUAGAACUAUGAUUGUGAAAGUUCAUUGAAAAUGGCACUUCAUAAGCAUAUAAAGCCUAGUUUUGUUUGUUCAAGGUUUGAUGUUGUUUGACUCACAGCACACUGUUAUUCUGCGCUGGAAUUGUGGAUUCGUUUUGACAUGUUAGGUUCCAAAAAUUCUCAUGUCCUUACUCAACCGCAAUGUUAAUCCUGCAAACCGAUUUGUAAACAGGAGGUGUCUCUUACUUGUGUAUGUUUUUCCUUUUUUUAAAUUAAAUUAAAAUAAAGUAUAACUUACAAGGAAAA